GAGUCGUGCCGCAGUUUCGUCCUCGCUCGCGUUGUUGUUGUCUGCGGUGACGCGGCGGAGGUGUACCCUGACGCGGGCUCUUACGUGUCGGACUGAAUAAAAAGUGGAGCUCCGGAGGCCCGGGAGUGACGCGAGAACAGAGAGAGCGAGUCCGUGACCGGGCAGGCCGUGCUAACAGAGUCCACCUGGUUUCCUCACUGCGGCUUUCCUAAAUGACCAUGGACGCAGGAGCAGAUGUACAGCAGGGCAGCGAGACAGCUGUCUCUGAGACAGACACGCAGAUUGCCACCCUGGCGCAGGUUUCCAUGGCAGCGGGCCAGGCUUCAGCUACCGGCCCCACGGUCACGCUGGUGCAGCUCCCUAACGGUCAGACAGUGCAGGUUCACGGUGUGAUCCAGGCCACGCAGCCGUCUGUCAUCCAGUCUCCACAGGUCCAAGCCGUACAGAUCUCCACCAUUGCCGAGAGCGAAGACUCACAGGAGUCAGUGGACAGCGUGACAGACACCCAGAAAAGGCGGGAGAUUCUCUCCAGACGGCCCUCAUACAGAAAAAUCUUGAACGAUCUCUCGUCGGACACUCCAGCCGUGCCGCGGAUAGAGGAGGAGAAGAACGAGGACGAAUCAGCGCCGGCUAUAACUACAGUAACCGUGCCCACUCCCAUUUACCAAACCAGCAGUGGACAAUACAUUGCUAUCACCCAGGGCGGAGCCAUCCAGCUGGCCAAUAACGGCACAGACGGCGUUCAGGGUCUGCAGACUCUGACUAUGACCAACACAGCGGGGUCCCAGUCAGGCGCCACCAUCCUGCAGUACGCUCAGACCAGCGACGGCCAGCAGAUCCUGGUGCCCAGUAACCAGGUGGUGGUGCAAGCCGCGUCCGGCGAUGUCCAGGCGUAUCAGAUCCGCACAGCGUCAUCGGGCGCCAUCACUCCAGGAGUGGUGAUGACGUCGGGUCAGGGAGGUGCCGAGGAGGCCACGCGCAAGAGAGAGGUCCGCCUCAUGAAGAACAGGGAGGCAGCGCGAGAGUGCCGUCGCAAGAAGAAGGAGUACGUGAAGUGUCUGGAGAAUCGUGUGGCCGUGCUGGAAAACCAGAACAAAACCCUCAUCGAGGAGCUGAAAGCACUUAAGGACUUAUACUGUCACAAAUCAGAAUAACACACACCUGUACACACACACACACAUUGCGCUUUCCCCCCCAGGUCCUACUGAGAGACAGUGACUCUUCCCUUUACAAAGGAACCUGGGCAGCAGUCUUUUCUUUCUUUCUUUUUGUCUUUUUUUUUUUUUUUAAAUAUAUUGGCCUAUAAGAAAUAAUGAAACAGAACUUGUAACAUCUAAUGUCUUUAUCGUCUCCUGUAUGAAAAUGUACACCUUUUUUAAAAAGAGAAUUUCAUGACAAGGUAAAAACUCGGACGUGACCGGACAGCCGUGUUACGGGGCAUCCUGACGUCGCAUUUGCAAUUUCAUCUGGCGAGAGAUCCCACGAUGCACCGGUGUCGGACGGCCACGCCUCCUUUCAAUCACGCUGACUUUUUUUUCCCCCCUGGGAGACGCCGUUCGUCCGAUAUCACCAAGUGGGACUUGAGCGACAAAAAUUAACAAAAUGAACUUGUUUGAAUUUCUAUGUGCUUUCUGUUACUAACACCUGAAUCCUAUUUUGAUAUGAAAACAAACAAACAAAAAAAUUCUAUGAAAUAUGUAUGUAUAUGCUUCUAUUAUGGGUUGUUUGUCAUUUAACCUGCGCCUUUGCCUCUUUUCUUUAAAGUAUCAGGAAAAAGUAACGUUUUCAAAACACAUUAAGACACUUUUCAGUUACAAGACCUACACAAAGCAUUUAACACGUACUAGUUUUCAUUAUUGAACUAUUCCUUAUUAAUUUUGCAUCUACAUGACACGAUUUUGUAAAACGCUUCCUGCUGAAACUUUUCCCCCUCCCCCAUCCUGAUUUUGAUUUUGCUUUCUGCUUAGAGCUGGGAUGAAGGAAAAAAAUCCCAAACAAAUAAGGAAAAAAAAAACACACACACACAAAGCGGCAGCUUGUACCUGUAUCUUGCUCUCACUGCUGAAAUGAAAACCCAUUUUUUCUGUUAUGUUUCUCUUUUCUUCACAUCCAAAUGUACCCGUCUGGAAUAAUAUUACAUGCAUCCUGUUUUUAAA